GAACGAGUUAAUUCGGGUGUGCCGGUGGGCGCCUGGGCGGUCGGAGGCCGGAUGCAGAUAUAACAGAGGCGGAUUGACGACGGCGGGAGAGACAGGCACAUCUCUCUCCCCUGGUGUCCGUGGUGCUGCAGCUGCCCGUCGGUCCAUGGCCAGCAUAUGAACCAUCCCCCUCUUGCUCGUCGUCAAUUUUCGAGCUCUCUCUCGUGCCCGUAACGACCCCAGCCAACUCGACGACCUUGUGUCCGACGCGCGGCAACAACAAUAGACGGUUAGAACAUAAAGAGUAGUCCGACCCCGUGUCGAGUUCACUGUCUUUGCCCCUCAUGUUCUUCCCUGUCGCCCGGCUGCGACUCACCCUCGUGUCCGCUCUCCUCCUUUUCUCUUCCUUUCCCGCGCACACGAAAGAACCCUCUGUGAUCACAUCUUCUGUGUCCUACUGUUCAGACCCUCAGGAGAUCCUGGUAGAGCAGUUCGACAUCGCGUACUUCCCCACCAACAACUCCAUCUCCUUCAAUGUCUCCGCUGCCAGCGUGCUCGCCGACCUCAAUGUCACGGCCCAGCUCUACCUCAACCCUUUCAACGGCAUCCUCUGUCCCCUCCCCCAAUACAACUUUACUGGCUGGGAUAACCUCCAGCUCCCAUCCUCCGUUGUCGGCUCCAUAACCUCCCACCUCCCUGGCAUCGCCUACGUCAUGCCCGACCUCGAGGCCUUCGCCCAACUCACGCUCUUCCAGGAGAACACAAACCAGGUCGUCGCCUGCCUGCAGACCACCGUCUCCAACGGCUGGUCGGCACGGCAGUACGCAGUGGAGUGGUCCACCGCAGCCCUCACGCUGCUCGCACUCGCGUCCGCCAUAUGGAAGUCCAUCACGUCUGACGCCCUCUCACUCGCGCCCAUGCGCCUGCUCGACUUCGUCGCCCUUCUACAGACCAUCGCGCGUCCGAGCGGGACGUCGGGCAUGCAAAACUCGAUCACACGCAUGCGGAGGCUCACAGGCGGCGACAGCUCGGACGCCAGCAGCGGAGACAGCACGGCAUAUGUCAACCGACAGCUGAGCCCGUACAAUAUCGUAUCCUCGAUGCCGACGCUGGACCUGCGUAACGCGACAGCACGCUCACUGAUCAAAGUUGGCAACGCGGCGCUCAAUACAACGUCUCGACUGCUGAAGAAGGCGCAGGCGGACGUCGCUGUCGUCACCAACGAUCAGAGCUCCGAUGUCCUUCAGGCAGGCGUGCCCAUCUACCGCGAACGCUUCAUGACCGUGUUCCUCACUGCCCUGAUCUACACCGCGGCCGCAUGGGGCCUCCGCUCGGUGCUCGUCGCGGUCUUCCCGCUCCUGAUCUUUGUCUUCUUCCAGUGGACGCUGCACGACUCCUGGCUGUCCAUCCUACUCUCCGUCAUCACGCUCGUGAUCCUCAUGGGUCUCGAAGCAUCUGUCCCGGCCUCCUUGUCGCUCGCGCCGCUUGCUGCCCCAUUCCGUCAAGAGCGGUGUUGCAUGGUGAUCGCGUUCGGCCACAGCGACGGCCUGGGUCAGGCGAUCGUCUUCCUCAUCGUCGACGUGCUGUUCUUCCUCUCGCUGGGUUACCUCGCCAUCGUGCGCAUGGUCUGCUCCGGCCUGCUCCUCGCGUUCGUGCAGACCGUCAGCCUCGCCCCGAUCCCGCGCGUCGUCAUCGGCGUCAUCACCGCGGUCAUCUUCGCGGUCGCGGUGAUCGUGAUGUUCAUCAACAUGCUCGACGUCGUGUGCUGCGGGCACCGCCGGCGCAAGGGCGACCGCGCGCUCGCGACUGCGGACGGGCCGUCCGCGCAGACGCCCGGGUCGUCGCAGUACUACUUCGUCGACCGCCCGGGGAACCCGACGCCCCCUGAGACGCGCACCAACUCGCACGCGCACACACAUCUCGACACGCCCGACUCGGGCUCGCCGAUGAGCACCAGCGUGGGGAGCGAGCGCCCGAGCGUCCUGACGAACAGCACGGGCACGACCCUCGGCGACCUCCUCCCGAGGCGGUGGUCGUUCCAGCACUCGCGCCCGCCAUCGGCGUCGGAGCCGUCGCCGGGCGCGGUGUCAUUCCACACCCCGAGCACGCCGAGCACGCCCGCGUCGUCGCAUCCGCCGACGUCGCAGCGGCACAGCCGGCACCCGUCCGCGAGCGUGGCGACGCACUCGCCAAUACGGGAACGCUACUCCGACGAGCGGGAAGCGCACGCAUUCUGAGCUCCCGUCCGCCCUGCAGGCUUGACGCCGCGGGGCGAUAGAAUGGAUGAAAGAUUCUUAGAACCCGCCGCACGGUCGCCGCAUGCCGUGGACGCUCUGUACACACCGCACACAUAUGUACUCCCGACACCUGCAUUUGGGCCGUUGUAUAUCCCCUUAGUUGCAUUUCUUCGCUGUGCCAUGUUGAUCCACACUGCAUACUCACAUUCUCCACCCUCUGCUUCCAGUACGCUUCGCACGCACUGCACUACACAGUCUCCUGGUCUAGCAAUGCACACCACUACCCGCAUUUUACUACCUUACCCACGGUACCCACACGCUCGUUGGAUGCAUAGACUACCUUAGCUGCAGAUCCGUUGUAAUGAAAUCGAUUGCUUCACGAUAUGUAACGACUACUUAUGUAGCGUAUGUAGCCCGCUGUAAUAUUAGCAUCUAGUAUAUAACAGACUGUAACAACGAU